AUGAGUUGGCAACAGUACGUUGAUUAUCAGCUGCUCGGCUCACGCAAAGUGAGUAAGGCCGCUAUCCUCGGUCUAAAUGGUGGUGUCUGGGCAAUUAGCGAAGGAUUUCAACUAUCAUCCGAGGAGCAAAAUGCCGUGGUAUCUGCGUUUCAAAAUACGUCGCAGACGCAAGCCAAGGGAUUAAAGCUAAAUGGGCAAAAAUAUUUCGCCGUACAGGUGUCGAACUCCUCAAUAUAUCUGAAGAAGGGUGCAAAUGGGGCUAUCAUUGUGAAAACUACCCAGACUGCAGUCGUCGCAGUAUAUGAGAGCCCCAUUCAACAAGCUGAGUCAGCUCCGGUUGUUGAGGGUUUGGGUGACUACUUGAGAAGCAAUGGGUUCUGA